AUUUGUAAGCAAUCUACAAAGUAGCUAGCUAGGUGACCACAAGCUUCAAAUUAAACCAUGGGGGAUUUCACUCUGCCAUCCAUUGUAGCAGCUUUUGCUACCACUCUUCUACUUGUCCUUCUUAUCUACCACUUUUUAUUUGAUAAAAAGUCCGGCCAAAAACCACCGGAAGCAGGCGGCGCAUGGCCAAUAAUCGGCCAUCUCCACCUCCUCGCUGCCCCACGACCCGCCUUCAAAAUCUUGGCCGACAUGGCGGAUAAAUACGGGCCUAUAUUCCGGUUAAGACUCGGCGCGCAUCAAGUCUUGGUGGUUAGCAACUCGCAAAUCGCCAAAGAAUGCUUUACCACCAACGACAGGGUCCUCGCUAGCCGGCCCAAGGCCAUAGCUUCGGAGGUCAUGGGAUACAACUACGCCAUGUUUGGGCUGGCCCCGUACGGACAGUACUGGCGCCAUUCCCGCAAGGUUGUCAUGCUCGAGCUACUGUCCAACCGCCGUCUCGAGGUGCUCCGGCGGGUUUGGGAAUCUGAAGUAAGAUCGUUUACCCAAGACAUCUACCGAAGCUGGGCGAGGGACAAGGAUAAUGAAUCCGAAGAUGUAAAGCUGGACAUGAAGGAGUGGUUUGGGAAACUAACCAUGGACAUCAUGACGAAGAUGCUUUUCGGGCAGCGGUACGAGGAAGAAGGGAACCGGACAGUAGUGACGAUGAGGAGGUUCUUUGACUUGAUGGGGGCGUUUGUUGUGGGUGAUUAUCUGCCAUGGCUAAGAUGGAUGGACAUAGGAGGGCAUGAGAAGGCCAUGAGGGAGACUGCCAAAGAGAUGGACAGUUUAGUGGAAGGUUGGUUACAAGAACAUAAAAGGAAAAGAGAUACGAAACCUAAAGAGGAAGAAGACUUCAUGGAUGGACUGCUGUCCAGUUUUCAUGGUGCCGAUGAGGAUGGCAAUGAUAUUCCAAAGGAUUUUGAAGCCGACACAAUUGUGAAAGCUACUUGCAUGGCUGUGCUAUCAGCCGGUACAGAUACAACUACGAUAACAUUAAUAUGGGCCAUCUCUUUAGUAUUGAACAAUUAUACUGUGUUAGAGAAGAUCCAAGCUGAGCUAGACAUCCAUGUCGGGAGGGAAAGGCACAUCAACCAUUCCGACUUAAACAACUUGACUUAUCUUCAAGCGGUUGUGAAAGAAACUUUACGUUUGUAUCCCGCUGGUCCUCUAAUAUUACCACACGAAUCUACAGAUGAUAGCGUUAUAAAUGGCUACCACAUCCCAAAGGGUACACACAUAUUUGUGAAUGUUUCUAAGGUACAUCGAGAUCCAAAUUUUUGGUCGGAUCCCAAUGCUUUUAAGCCAGAGAGAUUCUUGAGUGAGUAUAAGGAGAUCGAUGUUAAGGGCAAUGAUUUUGAGUUAAUUCCAUUUAGUAGUGGAAGGAGAAUGUGUCCGGGAGUUUCUUUAGCGCUACAAGUUGUGGAGUUCACUUUAGCUAGUCUUAUUCAAGGUUUUGAUUUAAAAAGGAUUUCUCGUAAGCCUAUUGACAUGACAGAUGGUGCCGGACUAACGAAUAUGAAAGCAAGCCCACUCUGUGCUUCUCUAACCCCACGCCUACCUUUACACCUUUAUAAUUGAGUUGCUUAUUAUAUAGGUUCUUUCUUUUAAUUUAUGUAAGCACAAGUUUCGCAUCCUUUGACAUAUAUAGAAUGAAAUUGGGGACAAACCAAUGUCAUUCUUAAAGGUAAAGAAGAAGGGUGUUUCGGGCUGGGAUUGAGGAUUCAACCGGGGGUGUUGACCAUCCAGAAGACAUGGAAUGAGAUAUAUAGUCAUAUAACCUAUGAGCUAUGGUUAGAGCUUAAUUAGUGUACUGUCUAGAUUAUAUAUUGCAUUUACCUCUUUCUUUUACAAUAUGCUAGUGAUAAGAUUAUAUCUAAAUUGAUCCAAUAAACUCAUUUGUUGUCUGUACAUUUAAAAUUGAAUGCCUUUGUAC